AUGCCAGGACCAAAUGGCGAGCCUGUGGACAUUCCUGUCGACAUAUCGCGACCAAAUCCGAAUGGGGAAGAGUACGAUUGCUUAUAUCUGGAUAUGAACGGUAUUGUCCAUCCAUGCACACAUCCUGAGGGCAAGCCUCCGCCUGAGACAGAAGAAGACAUGAUGGCCGAGGUAUUCAAAUACACAGAGAGGGUCAUUAACAUGAUUCGUCCCCGAAAGUUGCUCAUGAUGGCCAUUGAUGGUGUGGCGCCUCGUGCAAAAAUGAAUCAACAACGCUCACGCCGUUUCCGCUCUGCACAGGAUGCAAAGAUCCUCCAUCAGCAACGGGAACAAGAGCUCGAGGAACGCAAAAGAAAAGGCCUGGCAGGCGAAAAUGAGCGCAUUGAAAAGUCAUGGGACUCUAAUGCCAUUACCCCCGGCACACCUUUCAUGGAUCUUCUUGCUUCUUCUUUGCGCUAUUGGAUUGCGCACAAAUUAAAUACAGACCCGGGGUGGAAAAACCUUUGUGUUGUGCUGUCAGAUGCAAGUGUGCCCGGCGAAGGUGAACACAAAAUCAUGGAUUAUAUUCGACGCAAGCGAAGCGACCCAAACCAUGAUCCUAAUAUGCGUCACGUCAUUUACGGUUUGGAUGCGGAUCUGAUCAUGCUAUCGCUCGCCACGCACGAGCCGCACUUCAAGGUGCUUCGGGAGGAUGUGUUUUCUCAAGAUGCGAAGCAUCGAGGAUGUCAUCGCUGUGGACAAGAGGGACAUGUAGCGGCGAACUGCCGCGGUGAAGCACGCAAUGAAGCUAAACCAUUUCAAAAGAAACCGUUUAUUUUUCUGGAUGUGCCGACCCUGCGUGAAUACCUUCAGGUCGAGCUUCGAACACCCGGCACAUCGUUUCCCUUUGAUCUGGAACGGGCUAUAGAUGAUUGGGUGUUUCUCAUCUUUUUUGUCGGUAAUGAUUUUCUGCCCCACCUGCCAAGCCUCGAGAUUCGAGAAGGAGCUAUUGAUACACUACUGAGAAUCUGGAAACGUGAACUGCCCAACAUGAGUGGCUAUGUGACGAAUAACGGAAAAGUCGAGUUAGCUAAUGCACAAUAUAUUCUCGAUGGUCUUGCUGAGGUCGAAGAUGAUAUAUUUCGAAAACGCAAGGAGACGGAAGAACGCCAAGAAGCGAACAAGCGCCGGCAUGCAUCUUCCAACCAUCAAGAGGCUCAGCAUGGCGAUACAACGUAUGUCCAAGUGUCGAAAUCAGCUCCGCCCCAGCGACCUGUAGUGCCACCGCCUGUCGGACCCAGCAAGCAAGUGCCUGGUGCACGAAACAAAGGGGGUCCAGUCAUGCUCGAUGGCAAUAGUAUCGACGUUGUCAAGAAUCGCGCGCAGAUUCGAAUGGCCAAUAUCAGUGCGGCUGAGCAAAUGCGCAUGGAACUUGCGCAAAAGCGCGGCGCGAAACGUGCAGUAACUCAAACCGACCUGCAAUGCAAACGCAGCAAAGUCGAUCCUGAGUCAUCUGGUGAUUCCACCAUGUUCAAGCUUGACGAGGAUGUCAAAGAAUCCGUAACACCAGUACUCAAGCGCGAAGAGAAUUUGGCGUCAGUUAUGGAUUCAGACAAAGCCAGCCCAUCAAAGUAUGAUGACAAAGCGUUGAAUGGAAAGGCAUCAGGCCUCGUAAAGUCUGAGCCGAAUGACUCGCAUAUAAAAGCUGAACCGCCGGGACCUGACACCAGCCAAGAUGACAUGAAGGACGAAAAAAAAGAAGCGAAAAAAGAAUGCUAUAGUAAGGAUGAAGGAGAUGGACAGACGGAGGACUUGAAGACGCAGGGCGAUGAUGCUGGCGAAUCGGAUAAUGACGAAAAAGAAGAUGAGGAUGAGGACGAGGACGAGGAAGAAGAAGAGCGUGAUGAGGAUGAGGACCAAUCGAAAGCGAAGAUGCUCGAGCGAAAAGUGCGACCGGAUGGCACUGUGGAGUAUGAAGACACUGUGAAGUUAUGGGAGCCUGGUUACCGUGAGCGAUAUUACCGGCAAAAGUUCGGCGUCGAGCUCUCCGACACCAAGUUCCGUCGCAGCGUUGUUCAAGCUUAUGUUGAGGGUCUCUGCUGGGUCCUUGCAUACUAUUACCAAGGCUGCCCUUCAUGGAAGUGGUUUUAUCCGUACCACUAUGCACCGUUUGCAGCUGACUUUACUGAUGUUCAAGACAUGCACAUCGACUUUGGCGAGAGUGAGCCGUUCCGGCCUUUUGAGCAGCUUAUGGGCGUUCUGCCGGCUGCGAGUAAGAGCAAUUUACCGGUGCCGUUCCAGCAGCUCAUGACAAACGAGGAAUCGGAAAUUAUUGAUUUCUAUCCAAAUGAGUUUUCUAUCGAUAUGAACGGCAAGAAAAUGGCAUGGCAAGGUGUAGCUCUUCUGCCUUUCAUCGAUGAGAAUCGACUUUUGCAUGCAUUGCAUAAACGCUAUGCACAGCUUACGGAUGAUGAGGUGCGACGGAACUCGUUCGGGCGCAAUGUUUUGUUUGUGAGUGAGGACGCCGACUUAUUCCCUGUAAUGAGUCGUUUGUACACGAAACGCAGUGAUGGCCGUGCUGAUGUGAUCGAUACAGCACGUCAUGCUCAGAUUGCAGGCACAAUUGCUCCCGAUACCUCCUGUGUGCCAGGCUCGACCUUUUACUCACCACUCCCUUCCGUGUCAGGUAUGCAAGAUAUCCAGAAUGACCGCAGCAUUUGGACCUAUUAUGACUUCCCUCCACAGUUCACACCACACCGCAGUGUGCUUUUGCAUGGUGUGCGACUUCCAUCACGUCGACUUACGCCUGCUGAUGCCGACUUUGUUCUUCGCGGAAGUCGAGGUGGCGGUCGAGGCAGCGGCGUUGGCAGCGGCGGUGCCAGUGGCAGUUUCCGUGGAUCACGGGGACGCCGUGGUGGAUGGAGUGACCAGGGUGUGAUGUAUGGUCGAGAUGCUCGCCCCUCGAACAUGCAGCAGGGACCUUACGGUGCAGGACCUUACGCGCGUGGCCCCUAUGGCGGCGGGCGCUAUGGUGGUGGCGUUUUGGGCUAUGGUGGCGGACCUUAUGGGGGUGGCCCAUACAGCGGCAAUCCCUAUGUCGCAAGACCGUAUGGUGGUGCUAGUGCCUACGGUGGCUCGCCGUACGGUGGUGCCUCAUACGCUGUUCCUCCUUACAGUGGUGGUGGGACAUAUGGCGCCCCUGUUGCAUAUGGCCAACCGUACCCAACCUAUGGUAAUCCUUACCAAAUCUAUGGACCGUCUAUACCGCAGGGAAUUUCAUAUGGCGGAGCAUACGGACAUGCAGGGACAGCCUACGGGUCAGCAUAUGGUCAAAACUCCCAUGGCUACAAUGCGCGAAGCUCGCACGCUUACCAUGGGUACGGUGCUCCACGUGGACGCCAGGGACCAUAUGGCUCGUUAUGA